GGUUAUGUUGUUUUGCUUUGUUGAUGUGUUUUUGUUUUUAAUUUUUCAAAUUCAAAGCCGAAAAGAAAGCAUUGUGGUUGUUGACGUUGUUGUAGUUGAUUAUUAAAAAAGUGUUCUACAACCCAAUAAUGAAAAAUAGCAGUUUUUUCACAAUUGGAUGCCUCAUCCUCCAUAGAAUGUGCCUUGCAGACAUCAACACGUUUUUCCCCCAGAUCAAAGGAGAUUUGACUUUGGUUACAUGGGCACACGCUGUGAACAAUGCAUCUUACUUGAAUUCUAUUUUGAAUAAUGAUGCCAUUAUGAUGAUAGAGGCUGAUAUAGUAUUAGGAACACUAAAUGGAUCUACAGAAAUCAUUCCCAUUAUGGGUCACCCACCCAAUAAUACAUCAGAUCUAUCUCUUGCCCAAUUCAUGGAACGAAUAUCGGAUUUCAAUGCGAAGUCCAACUCUACUUCGAGCAGAAAAGGUGUCAAAUUAGACUUCAAAACAAUCGAGGCGUUCAACAACUCUGUAGCAACGAUCACUGCAAGCAACUCAACGGGAAAAUACCCGCUUUGGAUUAACGCUGAUAUACUGCGUGGACCAACAAACGCCACAGCAGAUCCAGUAAACGCCGAUCAAUUUUUAUCCAUAUCCCAACAAUUCAACAACACCGUCUUAUCAAUUGGUUGGACUACAAGAUUUACCAAUAUCUCGACUGGAUACAGCGAUACCAACAUCGAGGAUAUGAAUAAUACGAUAACAAAAAACAAUGUUACAAAUGAAAUCACGUUUCCAGUUAGAGCUGCCUUGGCAGCAAAUAGCUUACCACAAAUGAAGAAACUGUUGAAUGCGGUUAAUGGCUCCACGCUGACUAUUUGGUCGUCAGAUGAAAAUGAUAAAGUUGAUGUUGCGAGCUUGAAAACACUGAUUGCCGAUGUGGGGCAUACUAAAGUUUAUCUGGAUGUUCCGGAACAUUUGAGGAAACAGAUAUUGUCCAACAGUGGGAAUAGGAUGGCGAUGUCGGCCUUCAUUACGAUAGUAAUAGCUGGUUUAGUUUCAAUGUUUUAUUAA